UGCGAGACAAAAGGGAUUCUCUAUAACCUUUCUUCCUUUUUGCACCUUUGACUUUGCACUCACUGCGAGCGUAGGUGAUGUUGCACGAGCGAUAAUGAGCGAUAGAUUGGGCAAAGAGGCAGAGAUCGAGAUUUGGACCGAGAAUAAGGAGGGGAGGGGGGAUUUAAAGGGAAAGAAACAGAGGGAGAUUUAGAUAGAGCCUACAGAGUAAGUGCGAGGGAAGAGAGCCAGCGCAGAGAAGGAGCAGAGGCAGUGGAUGGGAGAAGGGAAGAGGAGAGGCAUUGACUGGAGAGCAUACACAUGGAAGAGAGAAGAAAACGGCUAAUUCAUGUGUUCACUGUGCAUGACUGAAGAGUGCGGCUGUCUGACUGGAUUGUUAGUCAUCUGCUGCCCCACAACUAGAGGACGUACAAAAAGCACACAGGCAGGCUGGGAAUAUAGAGCUGUGUGCAGAGGAUGAACAGGCGGUGUGGGCUCGCUGGCUGUGAUCGCUGUCCUCAGACCCCAUAGCCUCUUCCACUGGUGCUGUUGCAGGCCGUUAGCCUUGCAGUUAGACAGCAACAGUCAUAAAUACAGAAUGAGCUCCAAGCACUCCUCCGACUGGAUUCCCUACAGCACUUUAGAUGAUGAGGGCACCAACCUCCGCCAGCAGAAACUGGACAGACAGCGAGCACUCCUUGAACAGAAGCAGAAGAAGAAGAGGCAAGAGCCCCUGAUGGUCCAGUCUAAUGUGGAUGGGCGAUCACGGACCCGUCGGACCAAGCAAAGUGAGGAACAGGCUCCACUGGUGGAAUCCUACCUCAGCAGCAACAGCAGCACUAUCUACCAUGUGCAAGAAGCUGAACAGGAAGAGGUGAAGGUGAUGUCGGAUCCACAGCCACCACGCUCAGCCAAAAAGGGCAAAGCAUCAGCCAGUUCCACUCCACAGACAGGCAGUGAAAAGAAGGAGAGGAAGGGGAAACACAAAGCAGCGAUCGAUGGCCUGGCUUCCCAGCAGGAUGACAGUCAGAUCCAGAUCCUGACAGUGGGUCACCCCACCUCAGAGGAGGCCGAGGCAGAGCCCGUGAUGAGCUGCACUCAGUCUCAGAGUAAACAGGAUCUUCGCGUGACCAUGCUCAAAAAAGGUAUAUCGAGCAGCAUGAAUUUUGAUGAAGAGGAGGAUGAUGAUGAUGAAAUUAGCUCCAGUUCUUCACAGCUCAACAGCAACACAAGACCAGGCUCUGCCACAAGUAAAAAGUCAAGCAAGGAGGUGGCCUCAGCACCCACUCCACCAGUCAGUGAACCUGCCAUUGAUGUUGAUGACCUUGAGGAGUUUUCUCUGCGCCCAGCACCGCAGGGGGUCAGAGUGAAGUGCAGAAUCACCAGGGACAAAAAGGGCAUGGACAGAGGCAUGUAUCCAACCUACUAUCUCCACUUGGAGAGAGAGGAUGGCAAGAAGGUGUUCCUGUUAGCUGGGAGAAAGAGGAAAAAGAGUAAAACAUCAAAUUACCUCAUCUCCAUUGAUCCAACUGAUCUGUCUCGAGGUGGAGAGAGUUUUAUUGGCAAACUGAGAUCAAACCUCAUGGGAACUAAGUUCACUGUAUAUGACAACGGUCUGAACCCUAUGAAGAGCACCACCAGCCUCGAAGCUAGCAACUUGCGUCAAGAGCUAGCAGCCAUUUGCUAUGAAACCAAUGUCUUAGGAUUUAAAGGGCCUCGAAAAAUGAGUGUCAUCAUUCCUGGAAUGAACAUGGACCAUGAGAGAGUGUCUAUUCGGCCACGAAAUGAUCAUGAGUCACUGCUGGCCAGGUGGCAGAACAAGAACACAGAGAGCGUGAUUGAACUUCACAACAAGACGCCUGUGUGGAACGAUGACACACAGUCCUACGUGCUCAACUUCCACGGCAGAGUCACUCAGGCUUCCGUUAAGAAUUUCCAAAUUAUUCACGACAAUGACCCUGACUAUAUUGUGAUGCAGUUUGGCCGUGUGGCAGAAGAUGUGUUCACCAUGGACUAUAACUACCCAAUGUGUGCCCUGCAAGCCUUUGCCAUUGCCCUCUCCAGCUUUGACAGCAAGUUAGCUUGUGAAUAGACUCCAGCCUGAAGUUCAGUGGAUAACUACUCCUCCUGUUGUCUCAACAAGGGCUGCUUAUGUAUCACUGGGACUGAUUUGAGAUCACCAGUUACCUUGGAAGUCCCAUGUAUCCUGAAAUGCUUUAUGGGACUUAAAUUAUGUGUACGUAUGUGUGUGGGGGUGGGGUGGGACCUCAGGAUGGUGUUUGUCAGUGGAAGAAAACAAGCACAAAGAGUAAUCCACUUUCCAAAUCAGAUUCAUUUGUUUUGAUAACUAUAGUCAUUUUGUACUGCAAUGGCAUUAUAAAUAUGUUUCUUUAUGUAGUAGUUCUAGUAAUUUAACAUUUCUUUAUCUGUAAACUAUAACUAACCGUUAUGCAUCAGUAAGUUUAAAAAAAGUUGACUGGGUUAUGUAAACUACCAACACAAAGUCAUACGCUUCCUCGAGCAUGGAUACUGCUAAUAUACUUACUGAAUUAAUAAUAACAUGCACGCCACAAUGUAUUUAUUUUAUUGACAUAUUUAUUACCUGCUCAUUUUAUGUUCUCUGCUGUCAUUUGCAACAAAUUCUGCUGUAAUCGCUCCACGGAACUGCAAGCACAUUAAAUGUCAUGAUAGGAAGAUCACUUGUAUCCACAGUGAAAACAAAAAAAAAUUAGAGGUAUGAAAAGGGGAAAGGCAUGUUACACAGUGCUGUGUUUCAUAUACAAUAUUGUGUCACAGUGUCAUAUACGUGAAUGUAUAGGAUGAUGGUGCACUUUACUUUGAAGUCUGUGGUGGAUGAGCUAUAGCUGUACAUACUUUAUUGUGCCUUUGAAGACUAAUUCCAGUGUUACACCUUGGCCGUAAAAUGAGCUGAGCUUGAAUUGGUCUUUGCGUUUUUUGCUUUCCUCACAUACACCGAGAGGAUUUCUCUGUAGCUACUUAGAAUUUUUUUUUUCUUUAAUGAAAGUUCAUUUCGACUGAAAAACAAUGCCUGGGGUUGCACAACAUUCAGAAGAUAAUAUUCCAAAGUGUGCAUCUAGAUUUUAACUUAAAAUUAUAUUUAGGGUCCAGAACAUGUUGCACUAAAUAGAUGGCUAUUUAUUUACAUAAUACUGUAAAUCAGGCAGCAGAUAUAUAGCAGAUAUCUGAGGUACUCGGGCCUAAGUGUCACAGUCCUGGCUCAGUGUUCUUAGACUUCACUUAUUUUGAAAGUCUUGUUUCCAUGUCUGUUGUAUUUAGGUUUACAUUUUCCUGUGGCAUCAUUAUGUUUAUUCUAGUCAGCUGUUUCCUCACGUGUCCCCACUUCCCCUCAUCACCUCAUGUGCGUAUUUAAGUCUUUUGUCUGUUCGUUGUCAGGUCGUCUGCCUAUGUUCCCCCAUGUUAGUCUUAGUCAAAGUUAUAGUCUUAGCUGUCGAGUUGAGUUUUUUCUUUAUUUAUGUUUAUGUAGUCCUCCUCUCGCUUUUGAUUCUUGUAUCAGCCCAAAUAAAGGCUGGCCUUUUGUUUAACUUUAGUUCAGUUCUCUCACGUCCGCUUUUUGGGUCCAUACCUUAAACACACCGGCUGCCCGGCCAUGACACUAAGGUUUUGCUGGUAUCUUCUGGUCUCUGCUUGGAAAAUGUACCGAACAGAAAUUGACUUACUGCCAACAGACAUACUCGUACAAUGUGAAACUACCAUAGCUUCGAUGCAUCUUCCAUCUUUUGCUUUAUGUAUUAAAUUAGCUCUGUGCUUCACUGAGAUGGAGUAUGAUACAUUCCUCAUCCGACUGGCAGUAAGUUUCUAUAUCACGUAGUUUAUUGCUGUUCAUAUUUUUACUCAAACUAUUAUUCCUCUUGCUCCUUAUGGGGCAGUAUCCUUUCUCAAAUAUAUGACGGUAUUUUGUAUUUUACAACCAUUAAAAAAAAAAAUGCUGAAUGGAGGUGACGAACAAUCUCCACUAUUGUUACUGUGGGUUCUGAGCAAAUCUUUAUCAAAUGUGCUAUUCUUGUACUCAACUGUGUUCUAACUAUUUCAAUUUUCUAUUUUAAAAUUGUUGAUACUCUUGCUGUAAAGUCUGCUUUUCAUACAUGUGUCCAAGAGCCAGAGGUUCUGUCACUUUGUUUUUAGUGCUGUCAUUGUAACGUACAGUAAAUGGUGUACAAUUUACUGUGGUGGUACACAGUCCUUUGUUCAUGAAAAAAAGAAAUAAAAUGACAU